GCCGAUCGUUGCCGGCACGGCAGGCAGGUCCGCAGUCGGCGCUUUGCCUCCGAAGCGCGUUGAUGGUGUGUGCGCGUGCUCGCGUGGUGGUGUGUGUACGUCGGUUUCACCCUCGUGUGUGUUUCGCACGUUUUUCUUCCGAGUCGCUGACGACGGCUGUCGUGUCGUGUCGAGUCGUGCGGUGAUGCGACCCGACGAUCACUGAACGCCCCUGUAAUAUAAGCGUCGGGGAAGAAUCCUCGUGAAUAUAUAUAUUUUUUUUAUCGGUGCAUAAUCUCCUCCACCACCUGCAUUCGUUUUGUUUUCCUUCAUUCAGUGCGCGAUUAGAUCGCGUAACUUCGUCGGAGUGAGGGAGCAACACCGGAGCCGAAAUGCUCGUGGCACGCGUGACGUAAGAUAGUGGAGGAAUUUUUGUUUUGUUUUGUUUUUGUCCGGAAAGGACAGUUUUGGUGUUUCGUCACCGACUUGAGGUGUCCGUUUCAACCGGUGCGCUGCUUCACCUCCACAAAGAGGAGCGUUGGUCACUUCAGCCCAAACUUUUCGUUUAUUUACUUUUUUUUAGUUAGCCUUACAUUUUCUCUCAGUGGCGUCGUGUCCGCGAUGGUGAGCUCUGCUGUUGUGUCUUCGACUUCAUCUUCUUCGUCUUCAACUGCGUGCUCGGUGCGAGUGGAUUACAAUCGGUGUGUUCGCCACGAGUGCCCCUCUGUUGUUGUUGUUGGGCCGCUGCUGCGCUGUCGCUGUGAGAGCGCGAACCUUGGAUGCGUUGCGAGCAGCCAGCGGCUGUGAAGGCGGACUGCGGCCUCACCAGCCGCCUCUCGCGGGGCCGGCCGCGCUGCCGCCUGCAAUCCAAGCUUCGCCGGGAGCGGAGCCACCACCAGCCGCAGCUUCCGGCCGACCAGCAGCAACUGCUGCUGCGCCAGCUGUUCGAGACACAGCGGCGCCAAGUGCUCCUGCACAGUCUGGCACUGCUGAGCCGCGCCGCGCUGGCACCGAUGACGCGCGCCGGCGGCGUUGCGACGACGACGACGGCGGCCGGCGCCGCCAGCGCUAACACCAACGGUGACGCCGGCGGCGCCAACAACAGCAACGGCGUCGCGCCGUCGACCAACGGCAUCGCGACGACGGCGAGCAGCCGCCGCCGGCUGGGCAAGCGUCUUCGCGCCAAGGCUGCCCAGCUGGCGAGGGAGACGCUAGGCAGGCAGCUCCUGCAGGGCUUAGUGGCCCGCAGCCUGAUCAAAGCGGGGGCUCGAACCCGGGCCGCGGGCGGACUGGCCCCUGGAGCGCCGCUCCCGUGGCUAGCGCUGCUGAUGCAUCAUCCGAUACAGAUGAAACCGGCUGACAGCGAAAACAGAAACGAGCGCAAGCUGUUCAUCGGCAUGCUGGCCAAGGAGUGCAACGAAAACGACGUUCGAGUCAUGUUCUCGCCCUUCGGCUCCAUCGAGGAGUGCACUGUUCUCAGGGACGGCAACGGACAGAGCAAAGGCUGCGCGUUUGUCACGUACGCCAGCAGACAGUGCGCCAUCAACGCCAUCAAAGCAAUGAACCACUCGCAGACCAUGAAGGGCUGCAACAACCCGAUGGUGGUGAAGUUUGCCGACACGCAGAAGGAGAAGGAGCAGAAGCGUCAGCAGCAGGUCAUGACCAACCUGUGGACCAUGGCCAACUUCGUCAACCUCGGAACCGUCACGCCCCAGUACCUCGCCCAAGCCGCCCAGGCAGGCGCGUUUCCAGGCUUUGCCAAUCUUCCGCAGCUGAGCAGUGAACAUCGGAGGUUGAGUCUUGGAUCCCUGAAUGUGCAGCAGCAACUGGCAGCCCUAGCGGCAGCCCAGGCAUCAGCCAACAACUCAAGCACAGGGCUGAACUCGCUCGGUCUCCAGGGUCUCACGGGGCAGGGAGUCACCAGUGCUCUGGCUUUGCCCAGCUCUGGUAACAACUCCACCGACCUCAGCUGUGCGAAUUUACAAAGCCUCGCUGCACUUGCAAACCUAGCCAAUAGUCCAGUGCACCCAACCGCGCUCCCCGAUCAGCCCUUGCCUCCCUCUUGCCUGGUACUGACAGCCGAACGCCACUUGUCCGCCCCGGUCACUAACCCAGGCAUCAACCCCAUGGUAGUGCAGAACCUGGCAGCGCUAGCGGCAGCCGGCAGCGGAAACAACUCUGCCGGCAUUCCGGGGCUCUCGGCGGCGGCAGUCCUCAGCAGGCGCAGUUCGGCAGGAAAUGUGUCUGGGAGCACAUCAAGUGGCAAUUCAUCCCUGAGUGGCGUCAGCUCUUUGAGUCCAGUGUCCAGUAUGGCCCUGGGUAUGAGCACCAACUCGCUCACAACUAUGGGCGCGCUCACUAACGUCAAUGGCGCUGGUGGUCUGACUGCCAACGGUCCGAGCCUGGAUGCCCUGGCACAGGCCUAUUCUGGUAUGCAGCAGUAUCCAUCUGUGCCUGGAGCUUUUGCGCAGAUUGGUCUACAGCAGUCGCAGAACCCUGUUGGAAAGCAGGUUGAAGAGUGCUUCUUCGCGGCUGCCUCGUACGCAGGUCCCGAGGGGGCCAACCUCUUCAUCUACCACCUGCCUCAAGAGUUCACCGACAGUGACUUGGCGCAAACCUUCAUGCCCUUCGGCAACGUCAUCUCCGCCAAGGUGUUCAUCGACAAGCAGACCAACCUCAGCAAGUGCUUUGGUUUUGUGAGCUACGACAACUCGCUAAGCGCGCAGGCGGCCAUUCAGGCGAUGAACGGCUUCCAGAUCGGCACCAAGCGACUCAAAGUGCAGCUCAAGCGGUCGAAAGACGCCAGCAAGCCCUACUGAGACGAUGACCUCCCCCCACCCCUCUUGACUCGAGGCGGACACCCAGGAAAUGCCUGGAACGUUCAUUGUCUCCUGUCCUGUGUCACGUGAGCAGUCCUGGGCUUAAGCCUGCACAUGCGUACGCACGCCAGCACUACGACAGCAACAGAUUUGCCCUCCCCGCCCUUAUCGUAUCCCCCCUGUGUGCGCGGGGCCUCUGGCAGACUUUUUUCUUUAUGACGCCAUGAGCGGUAAAAUGGAUUCCAAAAAAAAGCGAAAAAGAAAAGAGAGGGAAAGGAAAGAAACACAGCGGCAGGCCGAGAGCGAAAGACAGAAAAGAAAAAAAAUGACCACGAGACUGUCGCCGGUUUCUUGUGCUUCUCUCUCUUUUUUUUUCGCUCUCUCUCUCUCUCUUCAUUUUGCCAGCAGUGCCACGACGAAGCAAUGCUGGAUGCACAGCGCGUCUCUUUUUCUCGCCCCUUGAAGAGCAGGUGGAUGAGUGAGACGCCGAGGUGAAGGACUCUUCCGAGACAAAGAAGCUUGCAUUGUGUAGUGCUGUGGCAUGUUGCUGUUCACUGUUUUUUUGUCAUUUUUCUUUAUACAUAUAUGAUGUCUCGUCGACACGACACGUUCUGUCAGCAUUCUCACAACCGAGAAAUGGAGAGAGCUUGCACCCCUCUUUACCGCUUUUUUUUUCCUGUUUAUUUCGCUUUGCUAAGCUAGAUCUUGUUCUCGGUCUUGCAAAGACCCACGGGAAAGCUUCCCUCGGCAUUUGGUCCUUUCAAAGUUCAGAAUGUGUGGAGUGUAACCCACCGGCCCCGCUGGGAACAGGUUUAACAAGCCACACGUUGUCUUGCUCUGUUUGUAGUGUAGAUUUGUGUCGUACGGUGCAUGCAAGCGGCAUGCAUUGUUUUUUUUUUUUUUUUUUUACCAGCUCACUGAAAUUUCGCCACUAUAAACGAAGAAUGAACCACAUGAGAAGCAGAAUGGAAAACCACAUCUGCGCAACUGUUAAGCUUGAGUUUGGUAGGAGAAAGAAAAGAAAUUGGUUGAUAAGCAUGUACUGCCAUUUUGUGUACCUGGCCGCCCUGCGUUGUAGUCGUACGAUAAAGCUGCGCACCGCAUUACCUUUGGUGUGUGUGUGCCAUCGUACGAGAUUCAAGAGCUUGUGGUUGCAGUUUAGAGAGCUGUGUUUGUGUGGAAACUGGACCAAUUGCCAGAGGCAAGUGGCCCACGAAGUAGUCUGUGUCGUCAUGGUUUGGCUUGCGUAAAAUUUCGUUUACUUUAUUGGCCGCUAUUUACUACACGAGAUUGGUAGGCCAUCAGACGUUCGCUCUGCGUCAGGCUUGCCGUGUUGUCGGCCGGGUAAACGGAAGCAUGUAAAUGGAAUCUCCACUGGCCCGUGUAGAGGAGCUCCUGCUAAUGCCCGGAGUACCGUGACUUCAGCAAAUCUUAUCCUCGGGAUCUCCAUGUUCAUCAGCUGUGAAGUGAGCACAGGGUAGAACUUAUUGCCGUAUUUUUCAACCUGGCAUCACAUUUACAUUUAAAUGUCUCUUCCACGCUACGAGGUUACGCAAAACAUGCUUCAGCCAGAAUAGCAACGCUGUCAAAGUGUGACAAACUGCCGCACUGGCACUGUGCGAUGCCACACCACAAAUAUAUCACAAGUGUAUGCGUUCUUUGGAGCUAUUGAGUGCCCUACGAUGUAGUUCAGUGAGCUACAGAGUUCAGUGAUGAAUCCAUUUACAUGCUUCAUGUCCCAUGUACUUUUCAUAUUCCGGCUUACUUUAGUUGUUUUAUUUUUUGCCAGGCGCCAAACCAUGGACCGCUUCGUGGGCCCUGUCGGUCUGCGCAGUGUCAACGCACGCAGGUGCAACUCUUAUUGGUCCGUGUUGUCUUUUGGUGAACGUGCGUAUCGUGUGUGUAAAAAAAACAGCUUCCGUCGCAGCUCUUUGUUGCCGGGAAUGACUUCAGGGUGAGAUUUUUCAUUGUCCGUUCUCGUAAAAACAAUGUUUAAAAACAGUGCAAAGUGUGAACGGCGGCAUACUAAAGUAAGUUGUAGUUGCCGUCUGUGUCUUCUUUUUUUUUUUUUCGUUUCGUUCGAGAAGUAUGUCUUGGGACCUGCCAGAAAACAAAGAGAGGAACUGUCUCGAUGUGUGCAGUUCCGAAGGUGUCAUGAACGUCUUGUUUCGUUUUCAAGUGUCGUGUUUGACAAAGUCAAAGGGGUGGUGUGGUGUGUGUCCAUGUAGAGUUGAGGACACUGAGAGAGACGGAUGAAAAAAAUACGGAACGCUUGCAGCAGACAACACGUGGCAGAUGUGUUUCCCCCUUUAGUGUGUUUCUUUUUUGCUUUGCCUCAAUAAGGUGUCCAGCCAAGCUGUGUUGUUUGACAAAAAGCGUUUCCAAAUUUUGUUGUCUUUUUUUUUUUAUCUCUGUGGUGUGUGGUUGUCUUGAUAGAAGGAUUACAAGGUUUAUUUGAUACACGUGUGGCGGUGUUUGUGGCACGUGAUGGUUAACUAAAACAAGUUUUUUUUUUUCUUCUCACGUGGUUGGUGUUGUGUAAUCAUGUUUCUUUUGUGCUUGACAUUGCUGUCUCCCUUCAUAUUUUUUGCAUUGACUCUUGUCAGUUUAUUGCACUUUUUUUGUUUUUUUUUUCCCUCUCGAGCGUUUUUUUUUGUUCCCGUAUAGAUUGUGGUUGCAAUUUUUUGUUUUGUUUUUCAAGUGUAUCCUGUGUGUGCUGUACCUCCCUUUUUCACAUUCUCAGUCAGGGUAUGCAUAAUGGUAACCCUUAGUAACGGUGUAAUAUAAAAAUUUGUUUGUAUUAUCUUUUUUGUCCAAUACCUGUCUUGGCCAGUUGCAAUUUAUUUUCCCUAUUUUCCUGUUUUUUACUUUGUGUUUCUUUGCUUUUCGGUGUUUGUCAGAAGUAUAUGGUUUGUUGUCUGACGAAAUUUGACUGCAUGAGCACAUCAGCGCAUGGAUUUUUUUUGUUCUGUUUUUCAUAUUUUUGUGCCAUUACAGAGGCUCUAAAUGCUCCUUUCUAUGUGGAAGAUUCCUUUAGAAACUACAUUGCACUUUUUACGUCAGCAAAGCUAAAAAAUACAGUUUAUUUCUUGGUGUGCCUGACGCAUUUUCUCUCGCUCAUGGUAUACUGACAAAUGAACUGUAUCAUGGUUUCAGUAAGUAUGUAUCUUGUGGACAGACUGAAGUUUUUUAGAUUUCUGUCGUUUGGUUUGUUGUUUUUUUUUUUGUCAAGAGAAAGGAAUAAUUUUUACCACUAAGUCUGCAGUUUGACAUGUCUUGGCACACUUUUGCAGUACAGUUCGCACGUGAAUCUGUUUGUCAAAUGCUCUGGCUGGAAUGCUAGCCCGGCUGAUGAUGCUUUUCUAGCAUCAUCAACCGUCUAAUAGCUCUUGGUUUACUUUACUUAUGUACAAGAUCUGCACACCUGUAAUGUUUUCUUUUUGCAUCAUCGAUUGAACUGCUGUGCAUUUCUGGAAGACUGAUUUCUGCCUUGUCGUCUGCUACAACUCGCAUAGUCUGCAAUGGCUUGCUAAGGGAUCAAUGCGUCUAGACUGUCCUGGAAUCUCACUACACUAGCGUUCAUUCUCUCCAGUGCUUACCUGUCAAAGAUUUUACACUCUUUCUGGUGCAUGUCUGCUGCCUGACGAUCACAUUUGCACCUUCUCUCGGCAAAUAACACUCCUGUGCGAAGCGUUACAUUGCUGGGAAAGCCACCUUCAUUGCAGGUGAACGAUAGAUAAGGUCGUCUGACUGUGAUUUCCAUGGAGCUAGACAACACCACAUAGGGGUGUCAAAUCCUUGGCAAUACACACCCUCUUGCCAAUAUCCUAUCUGCUGUCGGUGCUUUGCCGGCAUCACUGGCAUGGCCGGACCAACAUCCAGAUGGGGAAUGCCAACUUUUUCUCUCAAUUAUUCAAAUUGGUCAUGUGGACAAAAAGAAACUUGCGUUCCUGGGGUUCGCUGAGCCUUAUUUCUUCCUCGUUAGCAUAUUGGCCUGUUUUCCUGAGUCUCCAGGCGAAAGCGAGCAAUUUAUAUGGAUUCAACUGCCUCGCAGUAAAGUCAUGGUAUAUCGUUCAAAGGCUGAGCUACUGCUGCAAACCAUUACAGCAAAAAAGUGGAAAUCACUCUUUCUUAAACAUGCGGCUGCUUCUUUAGAAGGAGCGAGCUUUCAUGGUUAUUUACUAAAGACCUGUUGGCAAACGCUAUUUCCCACCGACAUGAAAGUUGUCGCGCAGCGGUAUUACGAGGCAACGUGAACAGACAUAACGGCAUCGUUGCUAUGUUUUGAAGUACUGUUGUUGGCGAGCACACCUUCAAGAGCUUAGUUACCUGCCUUCUUAAUACUCCCUUUAAGGUGUGCAUAGGGUAUACCAUGUAAAGGGUCACUUCAUGAAUGUACACCCCUUAGGGUGUAAUUUUGUCAGCCAUAGAUUUCAUGUCCAGUACUGCGUCCCGUAUCUUUUCCGUCACGAACGUCGUGAGUGUCCGUGAAUGUACUGUGAUGCUCCUGACAGGAAAAUUUACUGAGCACACACGAAGUUAACCUCAAUUUGUCACGCAUCAAAAUUACAGCCCAUGGGGCGCACACCGCUUGGGAGUCGGUUGCUAGUAACAGGACAGUUCUCCAAAAGCUUCGUUGGUCCAAUUAGUGCUGCUGGCUUAGCAGAUGACUGGUAGUUGGGAUUGGCUUGACUCUGUAAAUCUUUGCCUCUAGAUGCGGAGCACAGGCAUACUUGGUAGUGCACUUUUCCUUUGACCUUAUCGCGAUGUCCUCAAGAAUGACCACGGCAGUGUCAGUCAACUGUAGCAUACAAUGGACGAGGUGUAACAAGUCGAAAAACAGCAACACGUCUCCUGCUCUGCGUAUGGAGACCCUUUGACAAUAGGACACGAUAUCACCACCUUUGUUGCGUCGUGUCUGGUUUCCCUACAAAUGUGCGAGAAGUAUAUAUAUUUGUGCCAAAUGCUUUAGACACAAGAAACCAAAAAAGAGGUGAGAGAUAUCGAUGUUGCCCUUUAUAUGUGUAUGCAUGCCGACGCAGACGGCCCCCACACAUGAAAUCGAGGCAAAAAAAAAAAAGUAUUUGACCAUUUUUUCGUGUGACGUGUGCCGUUCACCGUCUUUGUUCGUCGUCCGGGCCCCCCAACUGUUUCUCGUGAGGAUGGGCCCCCCGCCGUAAUGUGGUGAUGAAAAAACCCCAGUUUUGUGAAAGAAAAAAAAAAUCUUGUCAGUCUUAACUGUGGCCUCUUUCCCGAGUCGUCCUGCCGUACUGUCGUCUCCCUUUGCAUCAGUGUUAAAUUAAUUUAUUAGCUUUAAGUGUAGGUUCGGCGUGCCGUCUUUAUUGCUUUGGUGCUCGGGUUUGUCCAAAAGAUGCUGCUUUUUUAAUUUCUCUUAAUUUGUGUCGAUAGCUUCUAUUCCAAAAAAAUGACAUCAUUUGUAACGCGACUUGAAUGUAGUCAGCAUCAAGCACAUUACUCGAGCAUUUUUUUUUUCUUUUUGUGACCAGUUUAUUUUUUCUUCUCGUUUCAUUUUGUAAGUACAGUGACGAAUGUUCGUUGAAAAAUGUCCGAUCACUUUCUGGUCAAGCUGUCCUUGCGAAAUCUGACAAGACCCACUGUGAAUGGUGGCGCAGUGUAGAGCUUUAAUGUAGUGAGAGCCCUUUAGGACAUCUCGAGAACAUAUAUCAAGCGCGCUGUGGACUACUAUUUUUAUGCUAAACAUUGAGAAUGAAGGACAAGGAGCAGCUACAGUUAUGCACUCUUCAGCCUCGCCAUAGUAGUGAUAGGCGUGGCACACAUGUAAACUUCAGCAUGCGACGGUUGUAAGGCUAAAAAAUUUGGCCACUUAUUAGGAAAAUGCACACAUUUCACAUUCUCCUGGGUCAUCUCAAAGCAGCGAGACAAUGAGGGGAGGGGGAAAAAAAUGUUUGCCGAGCUUGUUUAAUAGUGCUUACACUGUACAUCAAGCGAGUACUCUUUGCCAAGCAUAUGUGGUGUGGCAAACUGUGUUAUUAGUACUUGAGAGUUUCGUGAGGUGUACUUUCGGAGAGUUCCAUUGGUGUCAUCACUUAGUACAAGUACAGCUUAUCACUGCUGGUUAUUCCGAGCACGCUGUGUCUGCAGCAUACAUUCUGACGCGCCGUAGAAAGUGAUUCAGGUUCAAGUGCAUGGUAUCGGCUGACCAUUGAAACUUGUGUGGUGCGUUUGUGUUACUGAAUUCACCGAUCGGUGUACCUCAUAAACUGUAUCAGAACGCCCCGCUGUAGUUGGAAGUGUGGUUUCCUAAGGUACACACACAGCCCCCAUGGACACACCGACCAUUACACAGCCGUAAAAUAAACACAUAAACGUAAAACAGCACACUGUAGCCUUCAUCACUUAAUGACCUCACACGCACACAAACACACAUAUACAUGUGCAUUCGUACGUUGAAAAACAUAUUCAACGCGUGAGGGACGGCACAUACAAUUGCGUUUUGUUUGACCUUUCCUUCUUUUCGACUCUCGAGACAGGAUGUAUAGUCACUUUAUAGAGAUAUAUAUAUGCCUUCAGGAAAGUAACAACAAAAGAGCCUCUUCGUGUGUCUUGCAGCUCGCCCUCUUGUCCUGAAUCCACCCCUCCCGUUCGUGUUUGUGAAUCGUGCUGUGUAUUUGUGCGUGAAAAAACAAAACAGUUAAGUGAAACUACCACUUGUGAGUGUUAUGUAAGGUAAAGACAUAAGAGGGGGGUUAAAAAAAAAGUUAAUGUGAGGGUCGCGGUUGGAGGAGGAGAGCAUUAUGUGUUUCUAUACAGUGCAAAAGCGAUUAUUUUUGUACCUGAAGACAAAAAAAGAGUUGGGCCCUCAAAGGUGGCCUCUUUUUUUUUCCGUUUCACUUGAUUUCUUGUUUUACUUUUCCUCCCUGCAGCUGCUUACGCUUAAGUUCCCGCGAGUGCGAACCAUACUGUGAGGUUAAAUGCAUAACCUCGAUUUUCUUUCGUUUCCAUGUGAAGAUGCCACUGCGUAUUUUACAGUCUUGGGAUCUGCGACUACAGAUUAAAACUGUGUGUAGCGCUUCGCAGUAGCGAUUUUCGUUUAAUGCAUGUCGUUAAGUCUACAGUAGCUGUUCCCAUCAUUAGCAUAACUGCCCAGAUUCAGCUUCAAAUUCCGCUCGUUUUGAAAUACUGGUUUAUUAUUUCAUAUUUCUGUGGUUGGACAUCAGCGCGUCAUCCUUUGCAGAGGUUAUUUGCUUUUGUUUGACAACAGCAAGCAGUCAUAGUUCUAUAGAAGCCGGGAACUUUGAUGUGUCCUGCCAACUUCAUUAUUACCCUUCUUUCUUAGUGACCUGUAGUUUCAAUUGCGUGCACAUUGUUUGGGCCAAGAAACAGCCAUGUUGACCAUUGAACGUGCAUAGAAACCCAGCUGGUUGCAGACCUCAGCUGCUGAAGUGGUUACAGAUACAAGAUUAGCUUCCACAGCUAAAUACUGAUCCUACUGCUGUCACUCUAGUAAGAAAGUCAUGGGGCCCACCUAAAGCUAAGUUUCUUCAGUAGCAUAGGUCUAGCUUUUUGUUUCAUUUUAGCAAGCAAGGCGGAAAGGUUACUUAACAGUAUGACUAUAGUGUAGUAAGUUCCCAGUCUCCUGCUCUGGAGCCAAAUUUAUGGUAUUUUCGUAGAUGUAAUUAGUACAUUUUUGAAGUGUUGAGUUUCGGCAGAUCGAUAACACUAUAGCCUGUCAGCACCGUUGCGAGCUUAGACAGCAGGCACACCGCUGUAGUGAUAGUGUUGGACACACAUCGCAAAUAUGGCAACACUGGAAUCGUGUGUGCUUUUGCGUUUAACUGUGGUAGCACCGGUCGUUGUAGUAUUAUAAUUCACACGGGACUUGCCUCCCCUUUUCGUUAACUUUUUAAAUUGUAACGGGCCCCUGUGUUCGUGAAAACCACACUGAUCGAAUUAAGUAUUCUUCACUCAAUCCGCUUUCGCUCUUGCUAUGUUUAGAAAAAAAAAUGUCUGGCUGCGCUCGUCGAGUAAAACUGCAAUGUCUGCUUAGUUGCACAAGUGUGAGCAGUGCUAAUCUUUCAGGUGUUUCGAAGUGCGUGGCCCCUGUUUGAACGCCAACGGGAAACUUAAGUAGCCUGCCUUUCUGUGUAACAUUCAUUUUUCUUGUGAGGAUAUGCCUCUGUAUGCUUACAAAAGCAGGGACCGUUGCUGAAACGGUAACAGGAGAGUGCAUUUGCCUUUUUCUAAGCCUGACGAGCUGCUUUCGGGUAUUCCUUUUUAAACUUAUCUUGUUUUUUUUUUUCUUUUGCCACCUGUACUUGAACGGUAUUCUGUGUCCACGUAUAUACCUUCUCUGCUGCAUUACAAGAGCAAGAAAAAAAAAUGUAAGGUGUACUUCUGUUUGCCCCCUUCAUUAUUUUGUUACAGCGCUUAUUUCUGACUCCGCCUACGGGCACAUCGUUAGAAACAUUUAAAUCGAGAAAAUGUGGUUGCGCAGUUUAACACCCUCAAGGGGGUGUUCACACAGCAGCGUGCGGCUGGCUUGCACCCUGCGCUCGACUCUUUUUAACUCCCCCUUGCGGGGUGUAAAUUGUGCUCCCUUAUUUUAGGGUAUCAAGCAAAGUCACGCCAGCGUCUCGCUGGUGCCCAUGUAACGAAUGAAAGGCAUACAUGGCAUUUGGGGGGGCCCUUUCAGCCCUUACAUCGUGCCCACUGUGUGGUUAUGUCUUGGGCCCGUUGAAGAAUAAGAAAAAAAAAGCUUAUUUUUAUCGCUGUCAAAGCGUAUGUAUCUGUGUUUGUGUGACCCUGGAUUUUUUUCUGUUCUCGACAGUGUAUCACCCCUGUCUACCCUCUAUUCCUUGUUUUUUUUUUUUUCUCAAGUAUUCUCAUUGUCCGUUCAUGCCUCGGAAUAGUGGAGUUGUGUAUACGCAUCUCUGUUUCAUUCAGUGCUGACUGCAAUGCUGCACCGAGAAGCUAUUUUUUUUUCUUUCGGGUUUACGAGAAUUUGAAUAAAAACACCCAGAGUAAUGGAAAA